AUGGAGCCACCGAUAAUUCAGCGUGAAUACGUUGUCAAAAAUGAUACCAGACAGCCUGAGGUGCAUUGUUCUACAAUACAAGCUGCCCCGGGGGUAGAGUACGCGACGUGGUUUGGAGGUACCAAGGAGGGUACUUCGGAUGUCAAGAUAUGGUUUGCGAAACGACUUGAUGGUCAUUGGUCGCCACCUCGCGUCAUCGCCGCUCAAGACGACUUGGUUCACUGGAAUCCCGUGUCGUUCCUUCCCAAUGCCAAUCAUGACCCGUCACAUUUGAUAGUUUUCUACAAGGUUGGAACUCCAAUUCCUACAUGGAAAACUUAUGUCACAGAAACGUUUGAUGGAGGGAACAGCUGGUCAGACCGUCGGGCACUUGUUCCUGGUGAUCAGAACGGAGGUCGCGGUCCUCAGAAGAAUCCUCCGAUCAUAUUGUCCAAUGGAGACUGGAUCAGUGGGGCAAGUAAAGAGGUAACCCUGGAAAGAGGGAAGGGGCUCUGGGAUGCGUUCGCAGAUGUUGCUCCUAGACCUCACGCGAUGGAUAAUUUCAAACAAGGGGAGAAGUGGAUCGCAUCGAAAUUCAUCGAAUUACCAUCAGAUAGGGGAAUAGAGUCAGGAUCAUUCCCAGGAGAAGGAAUCAUCCAACCAUCUCUUUGGGAAUCCAAAGAUCAGCCAGGGCACGUUCAUAUGUUCUGUAGAAGCUCCAUAGGGAGAAUUGUACGCGCCGAUUCGACAGAUUUCGGCAGAACUUGGACGCCAGGUUACGCAACUAACCUACCCAACAACAACUCCGGUCAGUGUGUGACUCGUAUAAGAGACGGCCGACUCGUCGUGGCAGUGAAUGAUGUUUACAAGAAUUGGGGACCAAGAACUCCCCUGGUCCUCAAGAUUAGCUCAGAUAACGGAGAAACCUGGUCUCAUUGGUGCACUUUGGAAGAUCAAGCACCUCCUGCUGGUUUCAAGAAAGUUGUUGCUCUGGAAACGGGUAUCGUGAAUGAUGGGAAAUCAGAGUUCUCCUAUCCGACGGUCACUCCAACAGCCCUAGAUGAUGUCACUGGCGUAUGGGUUAGCUAUACAUGGCAACGCCGGGGCAUUGUAGUUUGUAAAGUGUUUGACACCGUGACCUGA